AAUUUUGGAAUUUGAUCGCCUGAAUAAGCAUUACAUAGACGCGAUGAGGAAAGUAGAUCGCUUAUAUUUGGUUUGUUUCCGUUUAUAUUGAGUUUAAUUACUCGAUUUAAAGCUUUAUGUUUAUCAUUUCGGAGUUAUAAAACUGUCUUGCGGAUCGUUAUGGAUUCACAAUCGUCAAUUGAUCACUCGUUGUAUUAUGGUGUGGCUCUGUUACCUGGCACUGUGUGUGUGGACGAUGAGAAACCUCCACUGGUGUAUGCUGAUAAGAAAGAAGCGUUAAAAGCAGUUAAGAAGUAUAAAGGAGCUCGUUUUAAAGCUUUCCCUACUAAAGAUGAAGCUGUAUCUUUUUCUAAAUGUACAACUGAUUGUUUAUCUCCAGUUGCGAAACAACCGCAUUCUCUACGACUUCCGGAUCUCUUCUUUAUGAUUGAAAAAUCUAGCCCAUUUAAGGCACCUAAAAGUCAAGACAUGGUCAAAUUGAGAAAGGCUAUAGAGAAAGGAGAUGCUGAUUUUUUCAAGCACACCGUCUGGUCGAAUCCUAGAUAUCUGAUUAGCAGCGGCGAUACACCUUCCGUCCUUCAGGAAGGUUUCAGAUAUAACGCCCUUCACGUCGCCGCUAAAAGUAAGCAAGCCGCUAUGUGUCGUUCGAUUCUCUCUACCAUCGAAGAUCCAAAAUUCAUGCGUUUAUUAUACAAUGAUGACUCUGAUAUCGUGUGCCAGCAAAGAAUCGACUUUAUUACCGAUCUGUAUCUAAAUAUGCCCGAUAAAGGAUUGUGCGAGACACCUUUGCACUUUGCUUCGAAGUUCGGCUGCUUGGAGUGUGUACAAAUUCUUUCAUCUCAUCCAAAAUCUGAUCUGAAGAGGAAGAAUAAAUACGGACAGACGGCUAAAGAUAUAAUUUGUGAUAGAUGUCCAGAUGCUAACUCUGAAUUUAAAAAACAGAUUGAAUUGGUGUUUGAAGAUCGCUGUUAUGUUACUGUUUUAAGAUCGGAUGAUAAUUCAUUUCAACCCAUUAUAAGUGAAUUUUAUUCUGCAGAUAGUGAAAAUGUUACAGAUAUGAACAGAAAGGGACUUGAAUCGAGUAGUCCAAGAGAUUCUUCUAUGUCAGUGAAAGCAGUUGCAGGCCCUAUGUCUCCAAUUCAGGCAAAACAUUUUUAUAAAAAAUGGAAAACGCCACCUAGGAAUGAUAUGAAAAAAUUGUAUACAAUAAGAUUAAGUGAUAUGGAAAAAGGAUUAGAAGUAGUUGGAAGAGAACUUGCAAAACAAUAUAAAGUAUCUUGGAAAGAAUAUUGGUCAUUUUUAGAUUGUUGGUGUGAUCUAUCUUCUCCAGAUGGUCUUCUCAAACUAGAAAUGUACCUGAAGGAUAAGUAUGAAGAGAUUCUUUCUGAUAUACAAAAUGAUAAAAUUACAGAAACAAAUUCUUCCUUAAAUAGAAAAGAUUUAAAUCAGUCUUCUGUAAAUUGUCCAGUUAGCCCAGUAAGCAAUAUAUGUCUUAUGUUAGAUGAAAUACACUUUAAUAAAAAUGAAUUAAUUAAUAAUUCUAAUAAUAUUGGACAUAAAACAUCAAAAUAUGAUGAUUAUCAUUUGUCUGAUAUUUCAAAAGUUUUACAAUUUGAUGAUAACUGUGAUCAAGAUCAGCCUGUAGAAAAUGCUAAAGAAAAAUCUUUAAAUUGCUUUGAUAAUUUAUGGAAUUUAUUUGUAGAAAAUAAUUCAAAUUCUGAUAUUCAAGAUCAGAUACUUAAUGAAAAAGAUUCUGAUUCUUCUGAUAAUAUUGCAACAAAGUUUUUAAUUCAGAAAUUAACUGUAAAAUUAGAAGAAAUAAUUUCAUCUGAAGAGAAUUUUUGUAGUUUGGCAUUAAAUAAUGAUUUUAUGGAUAGUGUACUUCCUCAUGUACAAUAUUUACUUGAAACAAUUUCCAAGCUUAACAUGGAUAAACAAUUAAACAAAAUGCAAGAUAAUAUUGCAAGAACUAUUGCUGAAAAUCUUAAACAGCAUUUAGUUUCUCAUGAAUUACAAAUAUUGGCUAAAUUUAUAAAAGAUUAUUUGUGUUAUAAUCAGGAAUUAUCAUCAUCUGAAGAAGAAAAGGAAAGUCAUUAUUCUCAAACAAUUUAUACUUAUUUUAGUAAAAAUCAAUUAUAUUUUCAUUUAAAAUGUAUUCUUAAAUUAAUAUAUAGUUAUAUUUCUAUAUGUAAUAUUAAACAAGAUGGAAACGAAGAAAUGUUCCAAUGUAAUUGGAAUGGUUUGAACAUAAUCACAAAAUGCACCGAAAAUGAAAAAUCAAAAUCUGAAAGCAUGAAUAUUUCUUAUGCCGAAAGUGACUCUUCAGAUGAUGAUUUUUAUACCCCUCCAAGUUCAUUUGGAUCUCUAGAAGAUUCAAUAAGCAAGAAAAUUCCGGAAGAGUUUAAGAUUUUUAUACACGGUCACUUUCCUUCAAAAUUGGAUGCCGACGUGUUAAGAGCAAUAGGUAACGUUGAAAUAGAUCAAACACUCUAUCCUUAUACACAUCACUGGAGAAGUCAAAUCAGUGCUUUUCCUUCGGAAGAAUCUGCCAGUUGGCCAAGUCCUAUUGUAUCGAAUCACAAGAGAAUGCAUUUUUCUACAUCGGACCAGUGGAAUGCCUCUCUUUUAUGGACGUCAACCCCGCGAUACGAAUCGGAUUGUUUGAGUCCCAUGGCAAAUAACUAUAACAAGCAAUUAAAAAAUGGAGUUCAGUCAAAAUAAUCUAAAAGACCACUUGUGUUUACAUUAUGUAAAAUGUACUGUUAAUUAAAUAUUUAUGUAUAAAUUUAUGAUUUCAUUUUGUUUAUGGACGAGUUAUUGAUUGUGUGAAUCGUUUCCAUAAAAAUAAAUGUUAAAAUUUUAUAUUUUAAAGAGAUUUGUUUGUUAGAAAAUGGGUGAACUUAUACAGGAACGUGGAUUGUAAUAACUUAUACAGGAAUAAUUUACUUUUGAUUUGAAAAUAAAAACAUUUUUUUU